UUUGCUUUUUCCUCAAGCAGGAGGAAGUGAGGAAAUUAGGUUUAGGGUGGGGUAGGGGUAUAGCUUUGAGAGGCAAAAAGAUCAGGGAAAGAUCAAACAGGACGGAACUUGAGACCAGUUUAAUUUAAAUAUUUGUUCUCCCUUCCCCCUCCCACCCCAUCCCCGCUGUGCCCCCCAUCCCCCCAGCCUUCUACAGCUAUUUCGAUUCCUGGAGAGCAUUACACAUGUGUCCCAUCCCAGGCCUCUAGCCACAGCAACCACACUACUCAUUUCCCCUGGAACUGAGGCUGCAUACCUGGGCUCCCCACAGAGGGGGAUGAUGCAGGGAGGGGAAUCCCACCUGCUGUGAGUCACCUGCUGGUAUAAAGGGCGGGCCUUACAAUGCAGGGACCUUAAAAGACUCAGAGACAAAGGGAGAAAAACAACAGGAAGCAGCUUACAAACUCGGUGAACAACUGAGGGAACCAAACCAGAGACGCACUGAACAGACAGAAUCAGGCUCAAAGCAAGUGGAAGUGGGCAGAGAUUCCACAAGGACUGGUGCAAGGCGCAGAGCCAGCCAGAUUUCAGAAGAAGGCAAAAAGAUGCUGGGGAGCACAGCUGUAAUGCUGCUGUUGCUGCUGCCCUGGACAGCUCAGGGCAGGGCUGUGCCUGGGGGCAGCAGCCCUGCCUGGGCUCAGUGCCAGCAGCUUUCACAGAAGCUCUGCACACUGGCCUGGAGUGCACAUCCACUAGUGGGACACAUGGAUCUAAGAGAAGAGGGAGAUGAAGAGACUACAAAUGAUGUUCCCCAUAUCCAGUGUGGAGAUGGCUGUGACCCCCAAGGACUCAGGGACAACAGUCAGUUCUGCUUGCAAAGGAUCCACCAGGGUCUGAUUUUUUACGAGAAGCUGCUAGGAUCGGAUAUUUUCACAGGGGAGCCUUCUCUGCUCCCUGAUAGCCCUGUGGGUCAGCUUCAUGCCUCCCUACUGGGCCUCAGCCAACUCCUGCAGCCUGAGGGUCACCAUUGGGAGACUCAGCAGAUUCCAAGCCUCAGUCCCAGCCAGCCAUGGCAGCGCCUCCUUCUCCGCUUCAAAAUCCUUCGCAGCCUCCAGGCCUUUGUGGCUGUAGCUGCCCGGGUCUUUGCCCAUGGAGCAGCAACCCUGAGUCCCUAAAGCCAGCAGCUCAAGGAUGGCACUCAGAUCUCCAUGGCCCAGCAAGGCCAAGAUAAAUCUACCACCCCAGGCACCUGUGAGCCAACAGGUUAAUUAGUCCAUUAAUUUUAGUGGGACCUGCAUACGUUGAAAAUUACCAAUACUGACUGACAUGUGAUGCUGACCUAUGAUAAGGUUGAGUAUUUAUUAGAUGGGAAGGGAAAUUUGGGGAUUAUUUAUCCUCCUGGGGACAGUUUGGGAGGAUUAUUUAUUAUAUUUAUAUUGAAUUAUGUACUUUUUUCAAUAAAGACUUAUUUUUGUGGCUAAA